AUGAGCGUUAUUGACGGCGUUUAUGCUGGGAUGGAUGGAAUGACGGAGCGACCGGCGGAGAGAGGUUCCUUUUUUCCCACCGAUUUCCUUUUUCUCCCGUCUUUUUUGUUUCGUGUUACUUCGUCAUGUAGUCCCUAGCUUCGACCGUUCUCCCAACGUUGAGCCGAUGCUGCACCGUGUUGCUCAUGUUAGGAUUAAUCUUCAGAUUUUAGUUUUCUUCAAAAUUUGGCUCUCUUACACAAAGAGAUAAGCGCUAGGAGCCCUUUUGGUUUGCUCUGAGCCUUCAAGUGAUCACUUAGGUGAAUAAAUCGCCUCUUUAUCGCUCACUUGAUAGGAUAGAAGAUCAUGAGUACUGUCCUAGUUUAGUUUUUUGUUAGACAGUUCGACUCAAAAUUUAUUUAUCGUCAUCAAACUUCUAAAUUGAUCAGAAUUGUGAAAAGUUUGAGCUGAUUUGAAUGUCUACGAAAUUUCAAAUUUCAUCAAUUUACGAUUUUUCGGUUAGUUAUGUCAAGAAGAAGCGAGAAGACUGUAAGGUUAGAUGGAUCACCUGUUUUGGCCCAUCAUUUGGUCAUUUUUUCAGCAACGUUUCGUCGACUCAUAUACUGUAGGUAAACAGUUUUUUUUUUUCUGUAGAAGAACUUUUUGCUUCCAGAAGACGUUUUGAAUGACGCUUUUUUGGUGCAGUUGACCUCAAAAAGAGACAAUUGCUACAGUCUUUCGUCCGUCAGAAUUUCCGAAUUUUUUGUGGUAUACUUUUGAGUUCUGUUGAGAUCUCUAUGGAUUGAACUGAACAAUCGAGUGAUGAAGGAAGAAGCUCUGAGGCCACUUGAGCGCCCCCUCAGCGCCAAUCUCCUUCAAAUUUAACGAAAUUACUCGGGAACGCUGCUGCAUUAGUCUAGCGGAAGAAGAACGGAUUUCCACACGCCUAUUGUAAGGGCCGAUCGAUUUUUGGCGCUCGCGCGUUAUCUGCUUCAAGAACUCCUGCAAAAGCGGCUCGUGAGCAAUUAGCCAUUUUUUACCCUCUCAUAGGCCCAAAUGAUUCGAAGGCGAGUGUGUUUUUGGCGCCACCUUAUUAGUCUCCACUCACCGACUUUUGCCGCUACUUUUGCAAGCUUACAGUAUAGUUUCUUAAGAAUGGUUUGAUAAGCCUUUGGCGCUAAAUCUUUGAGACUAGCUCAAAAUGUUGAUCCCGACGGUGAAAUUAAACAAAAAGAAGUGGGGUUUGAACCGAUAUUCCAUUUCUAAGACAGUAGGAUAAGAAGCUUUUUUGAUCAAACUGUAUUUUCUAUCAAUAAUUGAAAUUUUUCUUUCUGUUUGAGUCGUUUAUUUAAUGAGGAAAAAAACAGCCCCUCCACUAAAAGUUUCAGAGAACAAUCAAUUAAAAAAAUGCUUUUUUUCUGUUUUUUUCCUGUGUUUGAAAAGUUUUUGUCACAAGAAAAAAAACAUGUUCUGAAGCCACUGAAAACGAAUUUUUCAAAGUCAUAUCUUGAAAAUAUUUUUUUCCACAAAACAUGUAGAUUAAUGAAUCCAAGAUCUGCAGGACCUCAUUUUUCAACCUCUUUUUUUCAGAGCUCUCUGGAGUUUUUUUUUUGUUGCAAUUGCAUGCUUUAUUAGAGGAAAAAUUUUUGGUUUCAGUCUUCAACUUUUUAUAUUUUAUUAUGUGAGAAAAAAACUCUGCAGGUUUGCAGGUGAGACAGUUGUCCUGCGCCGCGUUCGGGUUUGGAGAACAAAUUUUUGGCGCGAAACGGGAUAAGUUUUGGUUUUGGGAGGUUGGUGGUCGGUACGGCGGCUGAUGUCGUCGGAUUGUCGAGGGUGUGUAACGAUUGUCGUCCUCCGCAUCGCCUUCUUCUUUUCCUUUUUUUUUGGUUCGCUCCUACUUCUUCACUGCUGACGAGACCCCGGCGAAUUGAAUGGAAAUUAGCUUCCAAGUUGGACGCCGCGCCAUAUAUUAUUGGCUUUUGCGCAGCGAUGUGCAGCCGGGUUUUCAUUUAAACCUUUUCUUGGUCUUGAGGUGCUGGAAGUGGCCGUAUAGCACGGUCCACGAGAUGCCGUAGCUCAUUCGCCUUUUAUUUGAGAAAGAUCAGGUCUCGGAACGAUUUGAGAAACAGUGCGCGAAUGGAUGCGAUUCACAAAUUUGUACUUCCUUCAGCGGUAGUUUGAGAAGAUCCAAUUGUGCUUUUUCACACGAUUAUACAGACAGCGCGCGAAUUGAAGAGGUUUAGACGUCUCUGUAGCUUUUUUCCCAAGUGAGCGGUGAAUUGAGUAAUAACCGUCUGAGAAUGUUUGAGUUUGGUUUUGUAGAGAUUUAAAAAUCAACUACCCUCAACUUUUCUGAUGUUUCAGAAUUUAGUAAAUUCUGCUAGUAGAGCUGUACAGUACUGUAGAUCCAUGAAACCCUAUUUGAUGCAGUUUUUAUUAAAAGAAAAAACUGAUGUCUUCGGCGGAAAUCAGCAAUUUUACACGAAAGUUCAAAAAUUUUCAUUUUUUUUUUUCCAUAAUUUUUGAUUCCUGAGAAAGUUUUUUUCGUCAAGGAUUUUUCUAGACAAACAUAAAAAGUUGGCUCGUUUAGUUGACGCACUUUUCCUCGGUUUGUGAGUCAUUUUGUAUAACGCUUCCAGAAAACUAGGCUUCGUAUUAGUUGUUUUCCAACAUUUUCAGAUUUCUAAAUGCCAAAAUUUGGCUUUCUUUGUUAUUUUUUAGGAUCAUUUUUCAAAAUUUCUUGGUGGGCGACGCUUUGCCUUCAGAUAGUUUUUUUUUUCUGACAUCAGCCAAUGAAAUGGCUUCAAGCAUGAUUUCGAAAAAAACCGAUUGAUGGCUUGCAAAAAUUUCAAGAUCAAUCUAUUUCCAGUCAAGAUCAGUAUUUUGGUUCAAGCUUUGGUUUCUGUUUGGAACUGCUGAUCGUGAGAUACUCAGCCAAGAUGUUUCAUGUCGAUUUAUCGAACACAGGAUGCCACACAGAUGGGCUCAAGUGUAACAGGAAGCCGGCUGAGAUCCCUCCAGGUACCAGCGAGCUGUCGGGAAGUGACCGCUUGAGUGGCCCGAGUGUAAUAAGUGACCAGGUUGGAUGAGAUUUCCCGUGUGUAUGAGUGUGGGACGAAAAAGAAGAAGACGAAGAAAUUAGGCAUUAAGCCACGGUCGAGGCCAAAGCAGGCAAGAGGCCGUUCCUCAUAUGUACUCAUCGAUUACUUGUUACCCUAUUCUUUGCCCCUGACGCCGCCUCCAAUUUAUUGCCCGGCCGUCCUGAUGGCUGCUGGCUUUCUUCCCACCAUCUUGUCUGA